AUGGAUGUGUUGUUUGGGAUCGAAGAGGUUACGUUAGUUUCAGGGCUGAGCCCCCUGGCAUUGUUACAGCUACGACGACAAGACAUCGACAUUAUGACCGACGUUCUGGCCAAGAACGUGCUUUUCGACAUGACCGAGCUGAACCGUUGGUUGAUGAGAAAGCUGGUGGCCAAGGCCAACGACUCGGCUAAGGAGUCGAAAGACCACUUCACCGUGGAACACAUUUUGAGGACCGCUGUGGCACAGUUGGAGGCCAAACAGUCGAAUCUGGAGAACGACCUGGCCUCUCUGAAAGAUGAAACCAAAUUAUUACGACAGACCAAUGAUAAACUACACAAAUCAAUAGCCAUGGCGCGGGACCACCUGGUCGACGCCGGAGUACUCCCUUCCUGUCGCAGCAAGCUCUUCUAA